AUGAUGCAGAGCGCAGCUGUCCCCGCGGAGGGGGCUGUCAAGGGGCUCCCGGAGAUGCUUGGUGUGCCGAUGCAACAGAUCCCCCAGUGUGCUGGCUGCAACCAGCAUAUCCUGGACAAGUUCAUCCUGAAGGUCCUGGACAGACACUGGCACAGCUCCUGCCUCAAGUGUGCAGACUGCCAGAUGCAGCUAGCUGACAGGUGCUUCUCCAGGGCCGGGAGCGUCUACUGCAAGGAGGACUUCUUCAAGCGCUUCGGCACAAAAUGCACGGCCUGCCAGCAGGGCAUCCCCCCGACCCAGGUGGUCAGGAAGGCGCAGGACUUCGUCUACCACCUGCACUGCUUCGCCUGCAUCAUCUGUAACCGGCAGCUGGCCACGGGGGACGAGUUCUACCUCAUGGAGGACGGACGGCUGGUGUGCAAGGAGGACUACGAGACGGCCAAGCAGAACGAUGACUCAGAGGCCGGAGCUAAGCGACCCCGGACCACCAUCACGGCGAAGCAGCUGGAGACAUUGAAGAACGCCUACAAGAACUCCCCUAAGCCCGCCCGGCACGUGAGGGAGCAGCUGUCCUCGGAGACAGGCCUGGACAUGAGGGUCGUACAGGUUUGGUUUCAGAACAGAAGGGCCAAGGAAAAGCGGCUGAAGAAGGACGCGGGGCGGCACCGCUGGGGGCAGUUCUAUAAGAGCGUCAAGAGGAGCCGGGGAGGCAGCAAACAGGAGAAGGAGAGCUCGGCAGAGGACUGUGGGGUUAGUGACAGUGAGCUGAGCUUCCGAGAGGAUCAAAUUCUCUCAGAACUUGGCCACACCAAUAGGAUUUAUGGCACCGUGGGGGACGUUACAGGCGGACAGUUAAUGAAUGGGAGCUUCUCCAUGGAUGGGACAGGACAAUCCUAUCAGGACUUGAGGGAUGGGAGCCCCUAUGGAAUCCCCCAGUCUCCAUCCUCCAUCUCGUCCCUGCCAUCCCACGCUCCUUUGCUCAAUGGGCUGGAUUACACGGUGGACAGUAAUUUGGGCCUCAUUGCGCAUGCAGGGCAGGGAGUAAGCCAGACGCUGAGAGCCAUGGCUGGGGGACCCACCUCUGACAUCUCCACAGGAAGCAGUGUAGGCUAUCCCGACUUUCCAACUAGCCCAGCCUCUUGGCUCGAUGAAAUGGAUCAUCCUCCUUUUUAA